AUGUUUAGUGAUAAUACUAUAUUCAGCCAAUUAAUAUUAAAUAUAAAAUUUGGUUUAACAAUUAAAAAUAAACUUAUUUAUUGUUUUAAUAUAUUUAUAAAUAAAUUUUUAAACAGUAAUAAAAAAAUAUUAUAUGACAUAAAAAAAAAUAUUAAAAAUAAUAUGUUUAAUUUUAGAAAUAAACUAAAUUUUAAUAAAAGUAAAAAAAAUAUUGUUUCCAAAAAAAGAACUGGUAAAUCAAGGUCAGGAUCAUCGUCAUCACAUACUCUUAGAAAAGGUUUAUUGUGGUUCGGUUUAAGAAAUAUAAAAUUAAAAGAAAAAAAAUUUAACAAAAAUUUAUUAAAUAGUUUACUAAUUGAUAAUAAAAAUAUAAUAACUAUUAAUAAUUUAGAAAUAAUUAAAUUUAUAUAUUAUAUUACAUAUAAUAAUAAUAAUUUAUUCAAAAUAAGUAGUAUAAAUACUUUUUAUUUAAAUUCUAUACACAAUUAUAAACAUUUAAUAAACAAUAAAAAGUGUAUAAAUAUAGUGUAUUAA